AUGUGAACGACGAACCGGGGACGGUGGAAGCGUUGCGGCUGGAACGGCGGAGACAUGAGUAGCCAGGAAGACGACGGAGACGAACAGCCUGAACAAGAGAUGACGGCGGUUUCUCGUCAUUUCUUUGGGGAUUCUGAGAAACCAGCCUUCUCCAUAUCGAUACUUGAGAAUAUGAAGGAAGAGUAUGGUCUAUUUGUAUGGCCCUGUAGUGUCAUCCUGGCCGAGUAUGUCUGGCAACAGAGAUUGCGCUUUUCUGGGGUUAGCGUAGUCGAGCUGGGUGCAGGGACGUCCUUGCCUGGUUUAGUGGCUGCAAGAGUAGGUUCAGAUGUCACGCUUACAGAUGAUGCAAAUAGAUUUGAGGUGCUCGACAACAUGAGGAAAGUGUGUGAUCUAAAUAAGCUAAAGUGUAAAGUAAACUAUCAUCAAUACUUGUGUUUUGUGAAUGAGCAUCCUGCUAACCUUUUAAUUUUUCUUAGAAUGUGUGAUUAAUUGAAUGCAGUAUAUCUGUUCAAUUCUUUGAAAUGUCAAUAUCUCUACCAUUGAUGUAUAGAGAAACUGACUUCCUCACAUUUUUAGGUGCAAGGAUUGACAUGGGGGCUUUGGGAUGAAUCUCUUUUCUGUUUAAAUCCAAAGAUUAUACUUGGAGCUGAUGUGUUAUAUGAUUCAAGUGCCUUUGAUGACCUCUUUGCUACGGUUACAUUUCUGCUACAAAGUUCUCCAGGCUCAGUUUUCAUAACAACUUACCAUAAUCGAAGUGGACAUCAUCUUAUUGAGUUCCUUAUGGUGAAAUGGGGACUAAAGUGUGUGAAACUUCUUGAUGGUUUCUCAUUCUUGCCACCCUAUAAGGCAUCUAGACUAAGUGGCAACAUUCAAUUGGCGGAAAUCAUGUUGGACCUUGAGGAUGCUGAGGAUACUUCUUCCUCUGGUGCCAGAUGACUAUUUGAAGCAUCCUAUAGAGCUAGUGCUGCACUUUUAUGGUAUGAAUGGACUUUGUUUUACCACAAAUUUAGGAGGUAUUAUUAUUGCAAAAUGGGAGCAUAGCUCUUUGCAUGUGAUGCUGUAAAUAACAUGUGGUUAAAAAACUAUAAAAGGUUCUUUUAUGU